CCGCCCUCCUCUGCUCGUCAUAUCGGGUCCUUAGUCUGCUCAGUGCUCUUAUCACGCUCAGGUGUAAAGUACAGCUUACCGGCUAUCGUCUGGCCCUACCCCGCAGUGUUUGGUCUGUGUUUUAUCACCUCUUCGUGUCCCAUUAGUUAGGAUAGCUCUGCUGUCUCGUCUGCCCGCCCGCCCCACAUUUCACUUGGACGUGGUAGACGUGCCUGUUAAUAUUGGGCGUGCCAGGGAACUGAAUGCUGUUGAUAUUGCAAGAGCGUGUCUCAUCGUCGAUUUAUUGUAUUUACCCUACUUUAUUUCGGUGGCGUUUAACUAGUUUUUUUUUAUGCAAGUGACAUCUAAACAAGUUGAAAACAUUGAUUUAGUGAACUUUGGCGAAAGUGAAGGCUUGGGUUAGGUGCAGCAGAGCAAGUGUCACCAGUGGUGGAAGUGUCGUCCUGAACUUUGGCGAUAGUGAAGGACAGUAUUAGGCUGCAGCAGAAUAAGUGUCACCACUAGUGGAAGUGUCGUCCUGCUUCCCACCAUGAUCAGCUACGGGGUGCUGCACAAGGGCCACGAGGUGCCAGCCAAGCGAGUGUUCGUGAAUCGUAGCCUUUACUUGGAGAAGAUCCGGUACUAUGGCUUCGACAUGGACUACACCCUGGCAGAGUACAAGUCACCGCAGUUCGAGACGCUUGGCUUCAACUCCCUGAAGGAGAGACUCAUUGCCGUCGGCUACCCGGAGGAAAUCAAGGAGUUCGAGUAUGAUUCGAGUUUUCCCACGAGGGGACUCUGGUUCGACCGCACCUACGGCAACCUGCUCAAGGUGGACGGCUUCGGCAACAUCCUCGUCUGUGUCCACGGGUUCAAGUUCCUCAAACCGUCUGAAGUGUCUGAGCUGUACCCCAACAAGUUCAUCCAGUUGGACGAAUCUCGCAUAUAUGUCAUGAAUACUCUGUUUAACCUCCCAGAGAUAUACAUGAUUGCGUGUCUCAUGGACUUUUUUAGUAACUCCAGUCAGUAUAUAAAAUGUCCUGAGGGUGUUAAGUUUGGGGACUUCUUCAUGAGUUACAACAGCAUUUUCCAGGACAUCAGACAAGCUGUUGAUUGGGUUCACACAAAGGGAGACCUAAAAAAGAAGACUGUGGAAUCUGUUAAUGAGUAUGUCCACAAAGAUGAGCGCCUGCCAAUUCUGCUUGACCGAAUGAGGGACUCUGGAGCCAAAGUGUUCCUUCUCACCAACUCAGAAUACUGGUACACAAAUGCCCUGAUGGAGUAUUUACUCAGUUUUCCAGACAAGAAUGGUGAUGUAAGAGACUGGAAGACUUACUUUGAUUUCAUUGGAGUUGAUGCAGGAAAACCUGCAUUCUUCCAGGGCGGGACUAUACUGAGACAAGUGAACUGCAACACUGGUGAACUUCGAUUAGGAACACACACAGGAAAACUCAAACAAGGACAAGUGUGUUCUGGAGGCAGUUGUGAUAUUUUCAAUAAAAUCAUGGGAGCCAAGGGAAAAGACGUUCUUUAUGUUGGUGAUCAUAUCUUUGGCGACAUUCUGAAAAGCAAGAAGAUCCGGGGCUGGCGCACCUUUUUAGUUGUGCCUGAGUUGGUUCAAGAGCUUCAUGUGUGGACAGAAAAGUGUACACUCUUUUCUAAGCUCCAGAAUCUUGAUAUAAUUAUGGGAGACCUUUACAAAAACUUAGACUCAAGCACUCAUGAGCGACCAGACUUGAGCAAAGUUCGGGGAGCCAUCCGAGAAGUGACGCAUGAGAUGGACCUCAGUUAUGGUAUGAUGGGCUCACUCUUCAGGUCUGGAUCUAGACAAACACAUUUUUCUACCCAAGUGGCAAGAUAUGCUGAUGUGUAUGCCUCAACACCCCUCAACCUGAUUUACUACCCAUUCAGCUAUAUGUUCCGAGCCCCAGCCAUGCUGAUGCCUCACGAGUCCACAGUGGCUCAUGAGCAACGCUUCCAAGUUGGGGAUGGUCCAGUGUCCACUCGCUCCAGGGCCUCAAGCAUUCAGGGGGAGACUCCUGAUGCCCCAAGCAAAAGGACCAAGUACAGAGUGCUGGAGAGAGCCGAUUCUCUCCUUCCUCACACCCGAGCAGAGACACCCAAGCGAGUUACUCACUACCACGAUGAUGAUGACUCAGAGGAGGAGAGUGAUAAGUCUUCCUAAACUGUUGUGUGAUACUGUAGCAUAAUCACCAAAACUCAGCUUGGAAGAGUAAUUAAUUAUAGCAAUCAGAGUGCGUGAUUAAGUUAAAUAGGAACUAUUAAAACCAUCCAGUAACUUGUGCCGCAUUGGUGGUAAUAUAAGUGGUGAUAGUAGUAGUAAUAUUAGCUGAAGUAGUGGUGAUGGUGUAGUAGUAAUAGUAAUAGUAGUAGUAGUAGUAGUAGCAGUAACAGUAACAGCAGUAGUAGUAGUAGUAGUGGUAGUAGUAGGUGAAAACUUGAAAACUUUACAAAUUAGAAGUAUUCAUAUGAAUGGAAACAGAUGAAAAACUUGGUAACUAAAUGGUUUGAUUUUUGUUGCCAAUUUAUUUAUUUAUUUAUUUAUUCAUUUUUUUCAUAAGCCACUAAUAUUGAUUACAUUUCCAUUACUUUUUUUUUUUUUUUUUUUUUUUUUUUGAAGAAAUUAGUAUUUGUAGUUGUAGAACAUUUUUAUAUAUAUUUUUAGUAAGAUAUAAUAGUUUUUUCUAUAAAUUUCUGUAAUUUCUUCUUUUGAUGGUGUUUUUUAUACUACAGAUUAUAGUCAUCACUAGUUCGAUCCUGUGUAGCUUUAUAUAAAAACUUUGGAAUUUUGUAUUCCAUUGUAUUUGGAGCUCUAUUUUUAUUUUGACAAUAAUUUUAAAAUACGUUUAUAAAGCAUAAACAAUCUAAUUAAUUGAAAGUAUUUAUCACAUACUUAUGCUUGUAUGUGGUCAAGGAUCUUCAAAAAAUAACUCAAAUAUAAAUGGAGGCAAUACUGAAGAUUUCUAAUACACUUUGUCAAUACUUAAGUUUACUCCUCUAAAGUCUGGUCACUUAUUGCCAACUAUUUAUAAAUCUUGCUCUCAUACCAUGACAUAUGUUGAAACUUUACAAGAAGUUUUAUUUGUUGUUUGGGAUGAAUUUAGAAAUAUAGAUUACAGAGCUGAGGCUGUCCUUGCCUUGAGUAUGCAGGAAAUUAGACUUCUAAUAGUUAUGACAAAUCAGUGAUGACAUGCCAUUAACGUGUCAUAGUCAGUCAAUAGAAUUGUGAUAGUUAUGACAAAUCACUAAUGAACAUUAACAUUUGCCAUUCUUAUAGUACUUAUCAAUACUAUAGCUUAAAAAAUCAAUUGAAUUGUACUGUGACAGCUGUAAAUAUUCAGUGAUUAUAACAACUGAAAUGCCAAAGUUUUCAGUUUACUACAUAUCCGUUAUUUUCAGUUUAGUUUCAUGUAACUUAUCAAUAAUGUAUUCUGCAAAGUUUGUACUCUAAUGGGUGCAGUUGCUUUCUUCACAAUAAUUUUCAUAUGAAGCUCCUAAAUUUUACUUAGUAACCUUAAUGUUAUUUAACUGUUAUAAAUGAAUUGCAGUAAUUUUUUACAGUGAUAAAUAACUGCCAUAAUCAUGUAAGUUCACAUGAAGUUUUAACUUAAGCAUAGGUUAUCAAAAUCAAUUUGUUAACCCAAAACUUACCUUUGUAUUCCAUUGAAGUUCUUUGAAUUUGAGAUAAUAAUUGGUCACUGUUGGAAAUUUUCCUUGUUAUGUAAUAAUCAUCUCUUCACAACUGAAAGAAUCAUAAAUGUUGUAUUUAUGUCCAUAUAUUUCUGAAACUGUUUCCUUGCAGUCCACUUCAGGAAAGUGCAUUUUCAUGUACACAAGACUUUCUUAUUAGUCUUCAUGUUACUUAUUGCCUUCUUUUUCCACCCUUAUCGAAGUCUUUGCAUUAUCUAUGCUCCCUUAUAGUCUUUUUUUAUUGUCACUUUCAAUACAACUGAACAUUC